AUGGAACUAUCAUUUCUUCUCCUCUUGACAUUUUUCUUCCUCCCACUGCAGAUCUGGUGCCAAACCAUACAAGACAAUUUCACUGCACCUGCAGUUCCCGAUGGCUCCACACUACUCCAGAGUGGUACCAAAUUCACCUUGAUCUGGAAGUCAAGUCUCCCAAGAUUUUUUGGGAUCCACUGUCCUUCGUGCGAUACGAGAAAAGUCGACCUGUGGAUUAGGAACUUCAAUGGGACAACGUAUGCCACAAAAAUUGGACGCGGUAUUGAUCUCACCACGACCACAUCCUACGACUGGAACGUUAACAUUGCAUCUAAUGCAUUCUCAGAUGAUUCUUUAUGGGUGUUUCGCUUUACCUUGUACGAUGCUGAUUACCCACCCCCCCAGGAAGUUUCAUCGCCUGGAUUCAAGAUUAGUGGUCUUGUAGAGGCAUCUAGUACACAGUCAAAAAUUUCAAGCAUCGCCACAACCUCUACCAGUGCCACCUCCUCAGGUUCCAGCGCCCCAACAUCUACAGAACAAGUCGUCAAUCAAAGCUCGUCAUCGAAGAGUAAAACUUGGAUCUCCGGUGUUGUCGUAGGGCCCUUGAUCGGUAUAGCCUUGGGCGCUGCGUUUAUGUGGUAUUGCCUACACAAACGCAAAAAUAAGAAGAUUCAGCAGAAUGGAGGACGUGUAGCGCACAGUCAAGCUGGCAGUUACCAACAGUACCCACUUCACCAAAAUGCAAUGGACCAAAACUCUCAAUCAGAAAUGAAUAGUUUCCAAUCAAUGCAACAUCAAUCAGGAAACCAAAGCCAGUAUAUAGUAGAAACUCCAGGGGCUACAAGUCCCUCUUCAACCGCAGAGUUGUCGCAAGGAAACUACCGAUAACUGUCCAAGUCCCGAUGGUGCAUGAAGGGUUCCUGUUGAUACAAAGCAGUUCUCCGCCAGCGACGGCCAGCGUCAUUACAUUACAGUACAUAGCAACAAACCCUUUGAUUAGACCCAAAAUUCUGCGUUGCAAGAUGAUUGACAAUGAUUAUAGACCUUGAUUGGAGGCGGCGAAG